CCCGCCCACUUUUCGCGCAGCGUCCAAGCACGGACUGAAAUCCGACUGUGUGGCAUUGGGCUGCUGUGUAUUCUCAUCCUAGGGCCGCUCAUCAUCCGGGUUCGAUUUGCCCUAGAAACAAAUGCAGCUCUGGUCCGAUGACUUUUUUAUUCAUUCGUUUGGUUUGACGUUCCGAACUAACAUAUGAAGGAAUAUUAAGGGAAGACGGGAUAUAUUCUCAGGAAUACCUUCGAUCUAUCGUGCUCAUGGCGAAUCAGCAAACUGUCCUCUUCCAUCCUAUCCGUGAUGUUUUGACAUAUCGAUGUGUCGUUUGAUUGUGCAACAGGCUCCCGCCAUAUAUUCGUGCGGUUUAUGGAGACGAUGGGGGAUCAAAGGGAGGAUGUGUCCUAGUGCUCUACAUGUUUUUGCUUGUGGUUACAAUAUAACCAUUUAUUAAUGUUGUUCACUUUGAAUGGUGCUCUUUGACAUAUACACAACUGGACAGCACUUCAGUUUGACGAGGUCAUUUUUUGUAGAGGUUGAUAAGGGAAUUUAAAAUGGCAACGCAAGUAACGGGGAGGAAAAGAAUUCCCAACCGGGAGAAACUAUCGGCGGAGGAUGAUGCUCUCAGUCAAAUAGCUCGCGAGGCAGAGGCAAGACUGGCAGCUAAACGGGCAGCCCGGGCAGAAGCUCGAGAAAUCCGUAUGAAGGAAUUGGAGAGGCAACAGAAAGAGAUAUAUCAAGCCCAAAAGAAAUACUAUGGGCUGGACAGCAAAUGGGGCCAUAUUGAACAGUGGAUGGAGGACAGUGAGCGGUAUUCCCGCCACUCUCGGAGACAUACCUCGAUAUCAGAUGAUGAGGAGCGGAUGUCUGUUGGGAGUCGGGGCAGUUUGAGGGGCAACCACACAGAUCUCUGCAGCAGCACCAGCAGUCUGCCUUCAGCCAGACUACAAAAUGGACGGCCCUCUGCGCUUUUUAAUGACCCCCCUCGUUCAAGAAGUCACAGGGGGUCACUGCAUGAAGAGAGUUCAUACUCUGCCACUAGGCGUUUCAGUGGCUCCAGCGCUAGAGGCCCUUCAGACUAUAAUGGCUUCCUGGGCUCCAGUUCCAGGGCCUCUUCUAGGGCGAGUUCAGCCCGUGCCAGUCCAGUGGUGGAGGAAAGGUCAGAUUUCCUGGAAAAGGGGUCCAGGACAGCCUCCACCCUCUCUGCUGCAACUCUAGCAUCCCUUGGUGGAGGUUUAUCACGAAGAGGAAGCUGUGAUACCUCGAUUUCAGCGGACACUGAGGCCUCCAUACGGGAAAUGAAGGACUCCCUGGUGGAGGUGGAGGAGAAAUACCGUAAGGCAAUGGUGUCCAAUGCUCAGCUGGACAAUGAGAAGACAAAUCUGAUGUAUCAGGUGGACACACUGAGAGACACUCUGAUGGAGCUGGAGGAAUUUCUGUGUGAGACACGAAGAGAGUGUGAGGAGAAAAACAGAGACUUCGAGCGAGAGCGUCAUGCCCACAAUGUCCUGAAGUUCCAGUUUGAGGAGAUGAAGGAAACACUGAAACAGAGUGAAGAGUUGCUGACGGAAGCUCAACAGUCUCGUGGAAAGCAGGCGGACUAUAUUAAAGAGAUCGCUGACCUCCAAGAAACAUUGGAAUGGAAAGAUAAAAAGAUCCGGGCCUUAGAGAGGCAGAAGGAAUAUUCAGACAUUAUCCAUGAUGAACGGGAAGCACUCAGGAAUGAAGUUUGUCGGCUUAGGGAUGCUCUAAAGAAACAUGGCAUUAUGCAGGGAUCUGAGGUGACGGCCAAUGGGGAAUUAGCAGACCGGGCGAUUGAUGGACAUGCUGUUGCGGAAACAGCCUCCCGAUUGAAUCAAGACUCUCACACGCCCGCUAUAACUGGAGACAGCAUGUUAGGAGACAAUGAUGCACAAUCCAGGAACCAGCAGGAGACAGAAGCUGGGCCAGAGUUACAGUUUGUGGAGGACACAUAUAGCAUGCCAGUAGAGCACAAGGGCACAGCGUUCUUUCUCGAUAGUUGUGAGGAAGCUGUUGCAUUGGAUGCUGAUCUUGUAGUGCUGGAUGAUAUAAAUAGGCAUAUCAGUGAACCAAUAAAAUAGUCACUGUGAGUGAACUGAGUAUAGAAAAUUAAACACAGAAGUUCUACAAGACCAAGCUUAAGAUGAAGAGGAUCUUUAGCUGCUUUGUGUCAUAACUGUUCUCAGAAUCCUUUUAAUUUGCUGAUGUUUUUGACAAUAUUGUUUUGAUUUUUUUUCUCAAUUUGAUCUUUUGAUGUUAUGUUGCAAAUGUACUUUAAAUCUUCAAUGCAAAUGAGACCGAUCAAGACAUUUUUUGAACAUGUAAAGGCUGUUAAAAUUCUUUCAAUAUUCUGAAAUUAAAAAGCUUAAAAAAAAAUCUAAUAAAUAUUUUCGUAGAAGACAUAUAUACAGUGUUAUAUGCAGAAAAUGCAUAUACAAUUAAAUGCAUUGUGUUUUGGAAAGAAAAGUGUACUUUUUCAUGUUUACAAAUGCUGUAACUGUCUUCAUACUACACCACAAAUAAAAAGCACAUCCUAACACAUACAAAUGUAAUAAUAAUCGUGAUGAUGAUGAUAAUAAUAGCAGCCCCAUAUACUAUUCUAUUUAAGCACAAUGAUAUAUUAAUCAUAAAUAAAAUAUUUUUAAUAUGUAGGCAUUUUUUACUGAUAACAUGAAAUUCUGAUCAUUAAAUUAAUUAAGUAAUAAAGCUUUAAAAAGACAUUCUAAUAAUGGCUUUAGAAAUUAAUACACACAUAUGUCAUUUCUUAUGACAACAGCAGUCCAGUCAUGCAUUAGACAUAUAUUUAUUGUCAUGUUAACUGGCUGUUAACUUUUAUUGUAAUAAAUAAAAAUAAAAACAUU